GUAAUGCACCGCCUGGCUUCCUGAAGAACUCAGUGCAGAUCUACCCACCUGUAAAACAAUGUCACUUCUCCUACUGUGUCCUAACAGCUUGUUCUGGGUGCUGUCAAGGCACAUUAGAUUCCAUCUGUUCAACACUGGAAAUUCAUUCAAAACAUUUUUCCAGGCUUUCUGGUGGCUGCUGUUGGGAAUAAUCCUACUUUGCUCCCCAGCACAUUGUUCUGUUUUUAAAAUUGGACUGCUUGGACCCUGGAACUGUGACCCCUUCUUUUCCAAAGCCUUUCCCCAUGUGGCUGCCAGAUUAGCAGUGGGACGGAUAAGCAAAGAUCCUUCACUAGAUCUUGGCCACAGGCUGGAUUAUGUAGUCCUUCAAGAAGAAUGUGAGACAUCAAGAGCUCUGGUUAGAUUAAUUGACUUUGAAAAGCUUUCCUCAGCUUUCAUAGGCCCUCUGAACCCUGGUUUCUGUGAGGUGGCUACACUUUUAGGGGAAAACUGGAAUAAAGCCAUCUUCUCAUGGAUGUGCAUCAAUUAUAAACUGGAUUCCACCAUCCACCACCCUACAUUUGCAAGGACCCUGCCCUCUCCAACCCGAGUUUUGUUUACAAUAAUGAAAUACUUUAACUGGGCUCAUGUUGGCAUCAUUGCUUCCAACGAGGUUAUUUGGAUGGCCACAGCUAACAAGUUAGCGAGUGCACUUAGGAACCAGGGGCUUCCUGUGGGCAUUGUUACAUCCGUGCGUAAAGGAGAAAAAGGCAUUGAAGACACCUGGAAUGAGAUUAAAGAAGUUGACGGCAUUAGAAUAAUACUCCUGUGCAUGCAUUCUGUGCUCAUUGGAGGAGAGGAACAGGCUACCUUACUCACAAAAGCUCUGGAAAUGGGACUAGCAGAUGGAAGAUACGUCUUUGUUCCAUAUGACACUUUACUGUACAGUCUUCCUUACCAAAACAACUCAUUCAGUGUUUUUGAUAAAGACAGCAAGCUGCAGGAAGCAUAUGAUGCUGUGCUGACUAUCACGCUGGAGUCUGGAGAAAGGACUUUCUAUGAUGCAUUCAGGGAAGCUAAAGAAAGUGGUGAAAUAACCACAGAUUUGGAAGCCACCCAGGUUUCUCCACUUUUUGGAACAAUCUAUGAUGCCAUUUACUUCAUGGCAGUGGCUAUAGACAGUGCUCGGAGGAAAGGAGUUAGACUUUCAGGAGCUAAAAUAGCUGAGCACACAAAAAACUUCAGUUUCCCUGGAUUUAGUCACUUGGUAGAGACAGACAACUGUGGGAAGGGGCUCAGCAACUACGUGGUACUGGACACAGAUGGUCGUGGGAACCAGCUUUUCCCAACCCACUUGCUGGACAUGUCUUCAGACUCCGUGAAGUCCCUAGGCCAAGCCAUCCACUUUCCCAGGGCAGCUCCACCCAAACCAGACUCCAGCUGUUGGUUUGAUCCAGAUGUUCUCUGCUCUGGAGGGAUUGAGCCUACAGUCAUGAUUUUGGGAGUAAUGCUGAUGUUUGCCCUGGUGCUUUGUGCUGUGGGCCUGGCUUCUCUCAUCAGGCAUAGUAUCCUGAACAGCCAGCUAUUCAGGGGACCUAAUAAGAUAAUACUGACCUUGGAUGACCUCGUCUUCAUCAACCCAGAGCUACAUAAAAAGAGGCUGACCUUGGAUAGUCUGACUGAUGCAAACAGCUUAGCAGUCGACGGCAGAAGCCUGAAAUCUGUAACCCGCUCCUCGUCCUUGAAAAGUGCAGCUGCCACCCACGAAACCUCCAAUGUGGCUUUGUAUGAGAUGAUAUAG